UCUAAUAUACAUGAAGGAUAUUAUUUAACAGGGAUGUCAUAUUAAGCUUGCUGAGUGUGUUUGUUAUUAUAUUACCGAAGUUUGAUAUUUAUUUUAAGACAAGUAGCGAUCCGUUAAGAUGAUAUGAAAUUUUAUUUAUGAGUGGAUGUGACCUACACUACAGAAGUUUAGAGGAUUGGUGUGAAUAGUCUUAUAGUGUUUUAUAAAUACCAGAAGUUGACCCAGUUAUUUAACCCUGAUAUUAAGUAGCGAUUCAUUAUGAAGAUAUAAAAUUUUAUUUUUGAGUGUAUGUUACCUACACUACAGACGUUGUGACCUACACUACAGAAGUUUAGAAGAUUGGUGUGAAUAGUCUUAUAGUGUUUUAUAUACAUGUAUACCAGAAAUCAGAAGUUGGCUCAGAUAAUAAGCAAUAGUAGCGAUCCAUUCAGACGAUUCAGUUUUAUUUAUAUGAGUGGAUGUGACCUACACUAUAUAGAAGUUAAGAAUAUUAUAGUGUUUUAUAUAUACCAGAAACCAGAGGUUAACUCAGUUAUUUAGCCGUGAUAUAAAGGAAUGGUGUGAAUUACGGCUUUGGUUUAUAUACAUAUUUUGAUCAUACCUUGUUGAAGGGUCAGAGUUAAACAUGGGGAAGUGUAGUCAGUUAUUUCACCCUAGAAACUUUCUAUUAUCUUAUCAUCAACCAAAACAUUUCGUUACUUUUGAGUGGGGAUGGCCAACAGUGUAUUUGGUAUGGCGGGUCUUCUGGGCAUUGUAUCAUUUAACAUGGACGAUAUUAACUGGAGUUUAUGCCUAUGAAUGGACGACAUCUAAAGCUAACGAGAUCACGUGGUUUAUAUAUUUAACACACUGGGGUUACGUGGUGCUGACAGUCAGUGCUCUUAUGGAAAUGGCGGCCUCUAUACAUAUCAAGUGUAACAGACCGGAUAUUACUGCAGGCCAAAGUGAAGAAAUGUCAGUUUAUCUAAAGGCUGUGUGGGUAAUGGUUAAUGUUUCUAAUGCUGCAUCAUUCGCUAUAUCAGUUCUAUUCUGGGGUCUUUUAUAUACACCUGCCUAUACCCUAACAACGGCCGAUGUGGCAACCCAUGCCUUGAAUUCAUUUUAUGUUUUGGCUAACCUGAUAAUAACGGCUGUGCCUAUUCGCUUGUACCAUUUCAUUCAUCCAACCAUAUUCAGUGUCAUAUACAUCAUAUUUACUGUAAUUUAUCAGUUUGCUGGAGGAAAAAAUGGCCUAGAUAAACCCUACAUUUAUUCUGUCAUUGAUUGGAGCAAACCUGAAACUGCUGCCUUAUAUGGAGUUCUUGCUGCUUUAGUGCUGACACCUCUAUGUCACGUGGUAGUGUUCCUUAUUUAUCUCGCCCGAAGAGCCAUUUUUAAUGCAUGUUUAAAAAGAGAAGAUGCUGAUUUAGAACUCGAAGAAAAAAAACCCAAAAACUUAUUAAAUAAAUGAACAUGCCAUUAGAAAUUGAACUAUUACGUACCGAUUUAAAAAAUAUAUAUAUUUGUGUUUUUAAUUUAAUUUAUUUGAUGUUAUAGAUUUUGUAUAUUUUAUUAAUGUAUGUUGAGAUACUCAUUUAAAAUGUUAUUGAUGAAAAUAAUGGAGCAUUUAAAAUAUUUGUACAUUUUAUUAAACAUUUCAUAAUGGGGUUAUUGCUUAUUUUAAUACUAUGCUUAGAUGUUAAACGUUGAAAAUGUAUAUAAUCAGGGGUCUGGUUGUUUGGGGUGAGUGGUCUUAUUUAUGCGCGUUAGAUCAUAAGGUCUGUAGUAGAGCCAAAUGGUGUGGUUUUGAUCCCAAACUUGUACGUGACAAUGAGUUGGGUCGCCAGUUUAAACUCGUGGGUUUUCUCUGCCCCCCCCCCCCGGCGUUACUUCUCUCUCUGUAUAUAAUUCCCAUUGUUUAGCCAAAUUUACACGAACCUCGUGGGGCCACGUUAGUGAGCUCAUAAACCACGAGUUCCUGAGUCCGAUCUCGGUAUUGGCUGAGAAAGUCCCUUGUCAGUGAUGCAGGAACUAUAUGUUAGUCCCGAAAUGGCCUAGUUUGUAUCGAGUGGACUUUAAACCCCUAUUACACCUAUCGCAGUAAAGAAUAUUUGACAUAGCAACUUGAUUCCCUUUUCCCGCACCCCACUCAUAGAUCAGGAUUUAAGGCAUUAUAUUAGUGGAUUCAAAGAUGACUUUUAUUUAUUUUGAAAAAAAGAUUAGUCAAAAUGUUUUCAAUCGAGACCGAAAAGCCCCUAGCUGACCCACUGGGCCCUCGGACAAUGUCCGACAGUCCGAUUCCCAGUCAGCCCUAGUAGCCCCGAUGUCGAUGGCUAAGUGGGUAAGACGCUGGCUCGCUAGCCUGGAGGUCUGGUGUUCGACCCCUUUAUUGGCCGAGAAAGUUCAUCCAGAUUUUCCGACGUGGUUCCCCUUGUCAGUCAUGCAGGACGCAGGGUCUGACAAGGACAAAAACCGAGGUCCCGUAUAUACAUUGACGUGCACGUAAAAGAUCCCUUGGCAGUUGGAAUUCGAUAUAAGAGUAGGCCGUAGCGCCGCUACCCGGACAGCGUUUCCAUCAUAUAGCACACUGUAUGGCUAAUCAAGGAUCCUACAAAUCACCAACAAGAACUGACGACAGUGUUUUGUGUCAGUAGUGCACAAAGUAUUGCAAAAAGUAACCGUUAUACCCAUGCAUAUUGUACACAUUGUUUCCUCAA